AUGAAGGUCUCAUCUGUCCUCUUCACCGUCCUCUUUUCUGCUUUUGCAGUAGCCGCCCCUGAUGGCAUACUUGGAACAGGCCUUGGUGACAAGCUUGGUGACAACCUUCACAAUACCGACGCUUCCUUGCCAUGCCACGGUGACCACGCAAUCAAAUGUUACACUACAUGCCUUAUUAGCGGCGAUCCAGUGCACUGCGCCAGACAUUGUGGCUGUGAAUAG